GGUGGCUGGCGGCGGCGGAGCCAUGGCGGCGGCGCAGGGCCCCAACCUGGCCGUGGUGGUGCAUCGCGCGGGCGACCUGCGCCUGGAGAAUCGCCCAAUCCCAGAACCAGGUCCCAAUGAGGUGCUGCUGAAGAUGCAUUCUGUUGGGAUCUGCGGAUCCGAUGUCCACUACUGGCAGCAUGGCCGAAUUGGGGACUUUGUUGUGAAGAAGCCAAUGGUACUGGGACAUGAGGCAUCUGGAACUGUCCUUAAAGUGGGUUCCUCAGUAACCCAUCUGAAGCCAGGUGACCGAGUAGCCAUUGAGCCUGGUGCCCCUCGAGAAGUGGAUGAAUUCUGCAAGAUUGGACGCUAUAACCUGUCUCCCACGAUCUUCUUCUGUGCGACACCACCUGACGAUGGGAACUUGUGCAGAUAUUACAAGCACAAUGCCAGCUUCUGCUACAAGCUUCCAGAUAACAUCACCUUUGAAGAAGGGGCCCUUAUUGAACCCCUUUCUGUGGGAAUCCAUGCCUGUCGAAGGGCCGGAGUCACUCUGGGAAGCAAAGUCUUCAUCUGUGGGGCAGGACCCAUUGGGCUGGUUACCUUGCUUAUUGCUAAGGCAAUGGGUGCUGCGCAGGUGAUAAUUACUGAUUUAAGUGCCUCUCGCCUGGAAAAAGCCAAGGAGAUUGGGGCAGAUUUCACUCUUGUGGUGAAAAAAGAGACACCACAGGAGCUGGCCUCCAAGGUACAAGGUUUGCUUGGCUGUAUGCCGGAGAUAACUGUGGAGUGCACUGGGGCACAGGACUGCAUUCAAGCUGGCAUUUAUGCCACUCAUUCUGGAGGGACCCUUGUCCUAGUAGGGAUGGGGCAGGAAAUGGUCACUAUCCCUAUUGUGAAUGCUGCUGUGCGAGAGGUGGACAUCAGGGGAAUAUUUCGCUACUGCAACACGUGGCCCAUGGCAAUUUCUUUGCUUGCAUCCAAGAGAGUGAAUGUUAAACCCUUGGUUACACAUCGCUUCCCUUUGGAACAGGCUCUAGAGGCCUUUGAGACCACCAAGAAGGGUGUGGGAGUGAAAGUCAUGCUGAAGUGUGACCCCAGUGAUCAGAAUCCUUGAAAUAAAGUAUUGCAUUCCUCCCCCAUUAUAUCACCUGGGAUGUUAUGCUUGGAGGAACAAAGAUGUAGUCACACUGUGUUAUGAGAUAACUGUAUAACAAGGGUGGAGCACACUGUAGGAGAUAAGGUUACAGGUGGGGAAACUAACAGGUUUAUAUGUACAUAAAGAUGAUCCACUUAUAUAGGAAACAGAUUUGAGGCGUAAUCCUCCUCCGAGAUCCACAUGGGAAAUCUCAGCCCAUUCUGCCGACUAACGCAGGUCUUUUAUGGAUCCAAGAUGCACCUUGCUCCCAAGGAAGACCUUCCAAAGUAUUCACCUCUUCUCCAAUGAACUGUCCAUUUUGAAUGCUGUAGCGCUCUGCAUCAUAUAUCAAACAGGGCUUCCAUGCUGCAGUGUGGUAGAGUAGGUUCACAUACCUAACACCUUCCACUGCUGGAAACAAGCACAAUAAAAACAGGGUGGCCAGACCAAGGUACUUCUGGUCUGGUGUCUGGUUCUGUAGGACUGGCCUGUUUGGUGCAAGCAGCUCUGCACUCAAAUCCACUGGUGAACAUGGGUAUGGAAUACCAGGCUGUAGAACACUGCCCGUCUCAUCUCCCCACAAGAGUGCUAGAGAGCUUUAUGAAUACUGGAGUACGGUCUGAUCAUUUCUUCUCUGUAAAAAGUAUCUGUGUAUCCAUGAUGUAAAUUGAAGUCGUUUUCCCACAAUAUUGGCAGGCAGGUUUGAAAGGGAAAUGUGCUUCAGCCUCCACCAGCUGUAGCAGCGUACAUGCAGACAGGAGAGAAACUAUUUCAGGGACAAAUUCUGGAGCCUUGUCAACUAUGUCACUCUUCACCAGGGCAGGUCCAUCCAUGGAGAACAGUUCCGAACAGAGGCUUUUUUAUCACUCAGGGAUGGAUGGCAUAGUAGUGCAGACCACUGAUCCCAGCCUACACUACAGCUUCUGCUGCUGCCAGUGCUGGUAGGGAACCUCAGGUCCAAAUUAGCAGCAUGGGGGCAAAAAUGGUCUGGGCAGCCUCUUUUACUCCCAAGGAAAAGUGGUUGUUGGGGAAUGGCUUGGAAGUGUUCACAAGGGUGACUUGCUUCUGGUAUAGGGGCUGCAGUGAAGCAGUGACCUACAUUACUUACCCAACCUGGGCCUUCCAUUCUACUUGCUCCCUAUACACCUGGCCUGCACAUGAAGAAAAAAAAGCUUUAAGCCAGAAGCCAGGAUGAUCAUCAGGCUGGGGCAGACAUAGGGAGCAGAGGUAUUGACAUGGUAUGAUUUUAGCCACUUUGAUUAAAUAAUAAUUCCUACACAUUGGAUGUGUCUACACUAGACCUUUACUGCGCAUUAGACUAACUAACUGUGCAGUAAACAUUGUGCAUCUACGCAUGCGCCCCUAUUACACUGGAGUAAACUAGUUUACUCCACAGCAGGAUAAGACUUGUAAAUACAAGUACUAUUGUGGUGUAAAGUAAAAAACAUGUAGAAGCUGCCCUGACUGACUGGGACACGAGGGUGCUCCAGUGCAGGGGCUGCUGGCCAGCUAGCCCUACGCUAAAGCACCUUCGUGCCCCAGCCAGCCUCUCUGCAGCACAUUGAGCUGGGGGGGAGCAGCCCCAGGCUGACCCUUUGGGCUCCCUGCCAGCUGGGGCUACUCCACCCCAACUCAACAUGGUGGAGUCCUGGUCAUACAUUCAAACAGCACACCCAGGAACAAUUAACUGCAGUGCAGUAAGCACUGGAGUUCAUUGCAUUGCAUUAAUAUGCAUGUGCAGAUGCAUCCAAUGCAAGUUUGCUGCUAAAUUCUGAGCAACGUGGAAAGAACGGGUAUUUUUUAAUGAACCGUAGUUAGUCUGCGAUUAGGUGUUCAGCAGCUUGGUUCUGUGCUACUGUGACUGCAUUUGCCAGACCUGGCUUGAUGAGCAUUGCAGGGGAAUGAUUCUAGAUCACAGGUGGGUUCUGCAAAGCAAAAUGACCUGCAGUCACCAUUUCCUAAUACAUAUAUCUAGCAGCAUUGAUUUUGAUAGCAGGAAACUUAUCUGACACCUGAGAGCCAUUUCUUAUACUGGUACUAAGCUUUCACAAUAAAAGCUACUGGAAAUGC